CCGAUCCUAUCUGAACAAAGACAUUAUCUUCAUUUGAAUUCUCGCCAUCAGAUUAUCACACUUACCUAUAAUUUCAUCUUCGAAUUUCGUCAUCAACAAUGGCUGCAGUGCCUGUCCUCAUCGCCGGUGCUGGUCCUUCAGCGCUAGUUGCAGCUCUCACCCUUCUCCGCAAUGAUAUACCUGUCCGCAUCAUCGAGAAAGAGGACAAAUAUCGUCUUGGACAACGUGGUGCCGGAAUAUUCCCCCGCUCGCUGGAAUUGUACAGAUUCCUAGAUGUCCCCGAAGUUGAUCAGAAUGCAAAGUCAUUGCGGUGCAUGCGCACAUACAAGCCUGGAACUUUCGAACAUCUCAACACGUUCCCGUUGGCACAGUAUCAAGAUCCAAAACCUGCUUUUCCUUACCUUAACCCCUGUUUACUUGGACAACAAACUCUCGAAGGGAUCUUGCGUGGCCACCUCGAGAAACUGUCGUGCUUUGUAGAGACUGGCACUGAACUUCGCUCGAUUGAACAGUUCCCUGACCAUGUGAUAGCCCACGUAGUAAAGAAACAAAAUGGCGAAGAAGUCACAGAGAUCAUCAAGGCGAAAUGGCUCAUCGGAGCCGAUGGAGCAAAGAGCGUCGUCCGCAAGCAACUCGGAUUGACAUUCCUUGGAGAAACUAGGGAGGACUCACGAUCGAUCACCGGAGAUAUCCGCAUGGCAGGUCUCGAUAGAGAGUAUUGGCAUGUUUUCGGGGGUGGGAGUACAGAUCGCAUUGUUUUGCGGCCCACGGAGGAGGUUGGCCCCAAUGGCUAUCAGUUCAUUAUAUCCGAGUCAAACAUCGACUUCGAAAAACUACAGUCAAAUGAUGAAGAGGUCUUCAAGUACAUAGCUUCGCUGAUCCCCACCGAACUGACUUUUGAGGAGCUGAUUUGGAUUUCAGAGUUCCGGCCCAAUAUCAGGAUGGUGAACAAGUUUGGAGAAGGCAGAGUUUUCGUUUCAGGAGAUGCCGCACAUGUCCACAGUCCUGCUGGUGGCCAAGGACUCAACUCAAGUGUUCAGGACGCUUUAAACCUCGCCUGGAAACUCGCACUUGUCCAAAAAGGCCUCGCUCCAGCCUCGCUCCUCGACACCUACACCACGGAGCGUCUUCCCGUCAUCGCCGAGAUGCUCAACAUCACUACUGCCCUGUUCAACAAAAUAACUGCACGCAGCACCAGCACGGAAAAGGCAUUCGAACGCGACCAGAAGCUAUUCAUGCUCGGUGUAAACUACCGCAGCAGCCCAAUCGUGAUCGACGAGGUGGUGCCGCCGUCUGAGGCCGUGCCUGUAGAUGCGUAUGGGCUCAUCCAGGAUGGGUCGCUGCAGGCUGGCGAUCGCGCACCUGAUGCGCCUGGUUUGGUCGAUGUGAAGAGCGGUGAGGCCGCGCGGUUCUUUGACAUUUUCCGUCCAAGAUAUCAUACCGUCCUCAUCUUUGCUUCGGACGCUGCCAAGACUUCCCAGAUCAUCUCUAAGCUCAGUCGCUAUGAGCAGAGUGUCUUGCGGUCUAUCAUUGUGCUGCCUGCUGGGUCAUGGCCAUCCACCCAGGCAGACUCUGCCGCAGCAAAUAUGGUUCUAGAAGACAAGGAUGGGUAUGCAUACAAACAUUACUUGGUAGGGGGUGAUACGAGAGUAGUGGUGGUGAGACCAGAUGGUGUGGUAGGGGCCAUCGUACAUGGCGCAGAAGGCAUGGUGCGGUACUUUGAUGGAGUCUUCAUUUCUCGGUCGUAAAUGUACCUAUUAUUAAUUAUCUUUUAUCUUUUUUUUAUAAAUCAUACUUAUACCCACCCCACU